CUGGUGCUCAGUGAAUUUGCUGUGCUGUCCAUGACAGGAGGAGGUGUCCUAGGAAAAGAGGCUGUUGGAGACAAGUCUUGCUUCAAGCAGCUGCAUAUGCUGAGCAGGCCACUGGUCCGUGUGUCUGUGGCCCCUCUCCCAGACCCAGCUGUGGCAUUCUCAGAACAGCAACACCUUACCUGAGGCUGGCGGGGGAUGCGAUGAUCAACUCCCCAUUCCUGGAGCUGUGGUGGCCCAAGACCGUGUCCCUCCGGGAGGGGCUGGGCCUUGGGGACAAGCCCAAUGACUCCUACUGCUACAACUCAGCCACAAACAGCACUGUGCUCUUCCUCCUCAGAGCAGCAGGACUUUGAAAAUGAGCUGGGAUGCUGCCCCUGGCUGAUGGCCAUCUUCCGUCUGCAUGAUGACCAGAUCCUGGAAUGGUGUGGGGAAGACGCCAUACACUACCUGUCCUUCCAGAGGCACCUCAUCUUCUUGCUGGUGGUGGUCAGUGCAUUGUCCCUGUGCAUCAUCCUGCCAGUGAACCUCUCAGGAGACCUGCUGGACAAAGACCCCUACAGUUUUGGAAGGACGACCAUAGCAAACCUGGAGACCCAGGAUAACCUGCUCUGGGUACAUGCUGUCCUUGCUGUUGUCUACCUCUCCCUCACUGUGGGCUUCAUGAGGCACCACACCCAGUCCAUCAAAUACACAGAGGAGACCUUGGUGAGACGUACCCUGUUUAUCACUGGAAUCCCCAAAGGUGCCAAGAAAGAGGCCUUAGAGAGCUACUUCCAGGAUGCAUACCCAACUUGUGAGGUGGUUGAUGUCCAGCUGUGCUACAACGUGGCCAAGCUGAUCUACCUGUGUGGGGAGAGGUGUGUCUUCCUGCCAGACCAGGGCGCCUUCUUCGUGAACUAUGUGAUUGCCUCGGCCUUCAUCGGCAAUGGCAUGGAGCUGCUGCGGCUGCCAGGCCUCAUCGUCUACACCUUCCGCAUGGUCAUGGCCAGGACAGCCGCUGACCGCAAGAACGUUAAGCAGAACCAGGCUUACCAGUAUGAGUUCGGAGUCAUGUAUGCCUGGAUGCUGUGCAUCUUCACUGUCAUCAUGGCCUACAGCAUCACCUGCCCCAUUAUCACGCCAUUUGGCCUCAUCUACAUCCUGCUCAAGCACAUGGUGGACCGGCACAACCUCUACUUCGCCUUUCUCCCAGCCAAACUGGAGAAGAGGCUGCACUUCGCUGCCGUGAACCGGGCCUUGGCUGCACCCAUCCUCUGCCUCUUCUGGCUCUUCUUCUUCUCCUUCCUGCGCCUAGGUCUAAAGGCCCCUGCCACCCUGUUUACCAUCCUGGUCGUGCUUCUCAUGUUCCUGAUCUGCCUGGCGUAUACCUGCUUUGGCUGCUUCCGGCACCUCAGCCCUCUGCACUACAAGACAGAAGAAUUGGCAAGACAGGAAGGAAGCGAGGCAGAGGCCCAGGAGCCUGCACCACUUACACUGUAUGUGCCCAAGAUCCUGAGUAGUCUGGCCUCGGAGAGGACAGCCCUGACCCUGCAGCACCAGCGGACCUAUGGCACCAUCAGUGAUGUCAGUGGGAACCUUCUCGACCAGGACAUGGCCUGUAACCCAGAAAACAGUGUGAUUUCUUCUACCGCCACAGCAGGCCACCUGUGAAGGCACUGUCUGCAGAGCAGAGCUCAUUCCAUCCCAGAGGGGAACUGACCUGCCCGUGGGUUUAUGGUAAAAGUGGACCCCCACCACCACCAGCCCCCACCUCCAGCUCUACCGCUGGAACAGUCCCCAGAGUCUGUAGCCAAGAUCAUGUUUUGGAAGUUCUCUCCCAGAUUGGCCCUGAUGAUGAUGUUUGCCAUGGGAAGCAAUGUGAAAAGGAAAAGACCAGGUGUCUACCCACAGAACUACAGCAAGGGUCAGCGCCAACCCAGUCCUGCCACAAGACUAUGUCCUGUUUUCCUAGGAUUUCUGUGGUGGCACCGAGGUUGCCCUGUCAUAGGCAGGAUCUAUGAAGACCAUUAAUAAAGUGCCUUCGGGAAAGGCCAGUGGGCAAGCGUGUGG